GUUUGGUUUGUUUGGUUAUGGAGGUUUGGUGCUAAUGUGCGAUGUUAUGACAAGCGUCUCUGAAAUAAAACUCUUCUGUGCAAACAGGUGAUUCAUGAGUGGGCCCGGCUCUGUGUAGCAGGCAUGGAUGACAUGGCCUCCGUGGGAAAGAUCAGCGUCUCCUCUGACUCUGUGUCCACACUGAACAGCGAAGACUUUGUGCUAGUGUCCCGCCUCGGGGACGAGACCCCCUCUGCCAACAACGGCAGCGACGAUGAGAAGACAGGGCUGAAGGUGAUUUCUGAGGAGGGGGUCAGCUUUAAGAUUGUGGGGAACGGCAGUGAACAGCAGCUACAGAGGGAGCUGGAGGACGUACUCAUGGACCCGUCGGUAGCUGAAGUGACUUCCGGACUGGACCACACGGACAGGGGGGAACAGGGCUAUCCCACCACUGUUGCUCCCCCACGGCCCUGCCAGGCACCCCCUAAAUUGGAGAUGAUGCUUCCUGUUCAAGGAGCUCAAGAAGAUGAGAGCUUGGUGGAGAGCCCUGGGAUGUUGGUCCUGGACGAGGACAGCGUGGUGUUCAGCAAGCUGACGUACCUGGGCUGUGCUUCGGUGAACGCCCCCCGCAGUGAGGUGGAGGCAUUGCGCAUGAUCAGUAUCCUGCGCAGCCAAUGCCAGAUGCCCCUUGACGUCACCCUGUCUGUGCCCGGCGUUUCCGAGGGAACUGUCAGGUUGCUGGACCCCCAGAGUGGGACUGAGAUCUCCAACUACCCCAUCUAUAAGAUUCUGUUCUGUGUGCGUGGACAUGACGGUACAAUGGAGAGCGACUGUUUCGCCUUCACCGAGAGUCACUACAACACUGAGAUCUUCCGUAUACAUGUCUUCCGCUGUGAAAUCCAGGAGGCGGUCAGCAGAAUACUCUACAGCUUUGCCACAGCCUUCCGGCGGUCAGCCAUUAAGGCGCCUCUUUCAGCACAGGCUCCACCCCUCACACCAGACAGCGAUGUCUUCACAUUCACUGUUAGCCUGGAGAUCAAAGAAGAUGAUGGGAAAGGAACUUUCAGUGCCGUGUCGAGAGACAAGGACAGGCAGAGCUUCAAGCUUCGUCCCGGGGUGGACAAGAAAAUCGUCAUCUACGUGCAGCAGACGUCCAACAAGGAGCUGGCCAUUGAGAGGUGUUUUGGCUUGCUCCUAAGCCCAGGGAAGAAUGUGAGGAACAGUGCCAUGCACCUGCUAGACUUGGAGUCAAUGGGGAAGAGUUCGGAUGGUAAAUCAUACAUCAUCACUGGGAGCUGGAAUCCCAACACUCCUCAGUUUCAGGCUGUCAAUGAGGAGACACCCAGAGAUAAGUUUGUUUACAUGACGACGGCAGUAGAUCUGGUGAUCACGGAGGUGGAGGAGCCUGUGCGCUUCCUGUUGGAGACGCGUGUGAGAGUGUGUUCACCCAAUGACAGGCUCUUCUGGCCUUUCAGCAAACGCAGCUACACAGAGACCUUCUACUUAAAACUGCGACAGCUGGAGAGGAAGAGUAAUACAGACACACUGUAUGAGGUGGUGAGUCUGGAGAGUGAGACGGAGAGAGAGCACAAGAAAACGACGGCUAGUCCCGGAAUCAUGCCCUCAUCCACACACGGCUCCAUGGGGAACUCGCCACCAGAUGAUGAUGAUGAGGAAGACAAUGAUGAGCCACUGCUGAGUGGUUCGGGUGACGUGUCUAAAGAGUGUGCUGAGAAGAUUCUGGAGACGUGGGGAGAGCUGCUGUCCAAAUGGCACAUGAACCUGGCAGUGCGGCCCAAGCAGCUGCCCACCCUUGUUCGUAGUGGUGUCCCGGAAGCUCUCAGGGGUGAGGUGUGGCAACUCCUGGCUGGUUGCCAUAACAACGACCAUCAGGUGGAGGAGUACCGCAUGCUCAUCACAAAGGAGUCUCCUCAGGACAGUGCCAUUACCCGAGACAUUAAUCGCACAUUUCCAGCACAUGACUACUUUAAGGACACAGGAGGGGAUGGCCAAGACUCGCUGUACAAGAUUUGCAAAGCGUACUCUGUGUAUGAUGAAGAGAUCGGCUACUGUCAGGGCCAAUCCUUCUUGGCAGCUGUGCUGCUGCUACAUAUGCCGGAGGAGCAAGCAUUUAGUGUUCUGGUGAAGAUCAUGUUUGACUAUGGCCUCAGGGAGCUCUUCAAACAGAACUUUGAAGACCUACACUGCAAAUUCUUUCAGCUGGAGAGACUUAUGCAGGAGUAUAUUCCAGACCUGUACACACACUUCUUAAACAUAGGGCUGGAAGCACACAUGUAUGCAUCCCAGUGGUUCCUCACCCUCUUCACAGCCAAAUUCCCCCUCUACAUGGUCUUUCACAUCAUCGACCUGUUGCUGUCUGAGGGCAUCAGUGUCAUAUUUAAUGUGGCAUUGGCAUUACUGAAGACAUCGAAAGACGACCUGCUACAGGCUGAUUUCGAGGGUGCACUGAAGUUUUUCCGCGUGCCCGUGCCGAAGCGCUACCGCUCCGAAGAGAAUGCCAAGAAGCUCAUGGAGCUAGCAUGUAGCAUGAAGAUCAGUCACAAGAAAUUGAAGAAAUAUGAAAAAGAAUACCACACAAUACGAGAGCAGCAGGAGCAGCAGGAGGCCCCAAUCGAGAGAUAUGAGAGGGAGAACCGCCGGCUGCAGGAGGCCAAUAUGCGUUUGGAGCAGGAGAAUGAUGACCUGGCCCAUGAGCUAGUCAGCAGUAAGAUCUCCCUCAGGAAAGAUCUGGACAAUGCAGAGGAGAAGGCAGAUGCCCUGAACAAGGAGCUCCUCAUUACAAAACAGAAACUAAUUGACUCAGAAGAUGAGAAGAGGAGGCUGGAGGAAGAGUCCGCCAAGCUUAAGGAGAUGUGUCGACGAGAGCUAGACAAAUCGGAGUCUGAGAUCAAAAAGAAUGGCUCGAUCAUUGGAGAGUACAAACAGAUCUGCUCCCAGCUGAGUGAGCGACUUGAGAAACAACAGACAGCUAACAGAGGAGAGCUGGAGAAGAUUCGUCUGCAGGUGGACAGCUGUGAGAAGUGCAGUGCCCUCUUCAGUAAGGAGGGCCGGUUGAAAGCCCUGAGUGCUCCUAAGGAGGGCAGUGAGGAGGAGUCUGAUGAGGAGAGAGAGGCACUGCAGGCUCAGCUCAGGGAGAUGGAGCUGGAACUCGCCCAGACCAAACUGCAGCUGGUGGAGGCUGAGUGCAAGAUCCAGGACCUGGAGCAUCAUCUGGGUCUGGCUCUCAGUGAAGUACAAGCAGCCAAAAAGACCUGGUUUAACCGAACUCUGAGCUCCAUUAAAACAGUAACAGGGGCACAAGGCAAGGAGACCACCUAAUGCUGAAUCGGCAAGACCCAGUGGCCCAUGUCUUUCUCUCUGUGUGCUCUCUCUGUCUCUCUCUCCUCAUUUGCAUUCUCAUUCUCUCUCUCUCUCUCUCUCGCUCUCUCUGUCUCUCUCAAUCUGUGUGCUCAUUCUCUCACUCUAUGCGCUCUCUCUGUUAACCCUCCACUGGACCAGAAUGAACCACAUUUUUCUGUCCGUUUUUUCUUUUGUUUAAAAAAAAAAAAAAAAAAAAAAAAGUUUACAAGAACUUUGUGUAAACAUCCCCAAAAUCAAAUUACUAAAGCAGAGAAUGCUUUAUCACUAGUCUUUAUACUACUGACAAUAACAGGUGGGGAAACGGGCCUUUCUAGCUGACCGCACUGAUUCAGCAGACUUGGGACAUUAACAAAACACUUCAGCUACUGUUCUACUCGACUACUUGCACAAAAACACACAUACAAACUCCAACCCAGCCAAGGUACGAGUAACUAACAGCCUUCUUUUGAGGAAAACGAGUUUUUCUAAUUUCCGUUUGACAAUAACUUUCAUUUGUACAAUACAAAUGAGUUUGCAGUUGUGAUCUGAUGAGAUUGUUCAUUUGUUAGACAGUGAUAGCCUGCAUUUUUGUGUGUGUGCAUGCACGUUUGUUUGUAUGUGUGUGAGUGCGUGCAUGCAUGUGUGUGCGAGCUGCGCAUAGUGCUGUUGACUGAGUGGCUACAUGUGAGUAACUGACGAUGGCCUUGUCUAGGAGAAUGAGAUGGACACAGCGAAGUACUGCAUUGGUGCAACAUAACAAAGAGCUGUGCUGUACCUCCAUCCUUCUGAAGGUGUCUAAAGCCUCCCUGGUGCUGAGAGAGGAUGCCCUGCAUGAAGCCCAGGGUGGGGAGGGCAAUGAGGCUCUGGGCAAGUGUGUGUCCCUCCCCGGGGAAGACCACAGCAGGAGAUCCUCUUACAGUGACACACCCCUGUCUCUACAGACAUGCUACACACAGGAAGGCUAAUUUGUGCAACCAUGAGUGAAUGCUAUUAGGAGUCCGUUAUUGUUCUGUAAUGCUAACAUGUGUCUCCUAAGCGUCGAUGAGGAUGAGCUGCGCUGGCAGUUCUGAUGGCCAGUGUGAUCAGUCCUGCCCUGGGUUCAGGUCUGUGGGAGAGCUGUCGGCACACUUCACCCUGUCUGUGGGCACAUCAGCCCUUACGUAAGAACAUGCGCGCACACACAGUUUUACAAUCACUCUGUAACCACACCAUCAGGGAAAUGGUGAGUACAGUAUGUGGUCUUGUCAGACCAUCUUGGUCGUGACGUGUGUGUGUGUGUGUGUGUGUGUGUGUGUGUGUGUAUAUACGUGUGUGAGAGAGCAUGUAUAUCUCUGUGAGUCAAACGAGGUGCAUAUGUGAAGAACACUAUGGGUUGGCGGGAGGGAGGGGAGGUGUUUGCACCUUUCGUACUUAUUUAUACUGGGAUCUAGCUUGACUUAUUUAUACUGGGAUCUAGCUUGCUCAAGUUCUUGUGGAUGUCGGAGGAAGGAAAAUGGGGUCAUUCCAAGAGGCACUGGCUUGUACAUAAGAAGCAGAUCACUUUUCCCAGGUUCAUUUUGUAUUUGUACUCCAUGGUAACUGUACUAAUGUUGCCUAAUAGUACUGUGUUACAGAUAAUGAGUUUUAUUUGUUUUGUUUUGUUUUCUCCAAUUUUUGUUUUGUUUUGUCUUGAAUGUAAACUGAUGUCUCAUCUAUUACAUGCCAAAAUGUACCUUCAUUCAGCAUUACAUAUGUAUGGACAUUGUAAUAGUGUAGGUUGCAUUGUGUAUACUUCCAUAAAUUGCAAUAUAAAGCUACAAUUAUAAA